UCCGCGCGUGCUGAGUUUAUAAAGAGGAACCGAAGCAGCUGAGACACACAAAGAGCUGAGAGAGAGAGCAUUCAUAACCAUUCAUAACCAUUCAUAACCGCUCAUAGCCGCUCAUAGCCGCUCAUAGCCCCUCACACAGCGCCCUGCAGCGGAUUACACACCGAGCUGAGCUUUAAACAUGACUUUUGAGGAGAUUUGCCAACAAGAAAACAGCACAGAAACCAGCGACAGCGUGCGCAUGCGCAGUGCAGGUCGGGUUCUGGAGGAGGUGCUGGUUUCGUCCAGACAGCAGGACUGCCUGACAGUGGGAGUGUACGAGUCUGCACAAGUCAUGAACGUGGACCCGGACAGUGUGGCUCUGUGUGUCCUGGCCUCAGGUGAGCAGUAUGAGUGGGACGUGGCGCUGCAGAUCCACUUCACCCUCAUCCAGGCUUUCUGCUUCGACAACGACAUCAACAUCGUGCGCGUCACCGACACCGAGCGGCUCGCGCACAUCGUCAGCGACGCGGGGACGAGCGACGGCGGGGACGCGCACUGCGUCCUGGUCACGAGGCGGAGCGAGGCGGCGUGGAAGGAUGCGGGUCUGGAGAAGCUGAGUGUGUUCUGCGAGGAGCGCAGGAGUGUGUGUGAGUGGGUUCCGACCGUCACACUCCCCGAGCGCUGAAGUGCACUAGACGGCUGCGUCUCAAUCACACCAACCACAGAGCGGGCGAGUGUCCCGGCUGUGACGCCGUCCUGCCUGAGAGGGGCUUCGUCUGGACCGAACCGGAGCCGUGUGUGUGUGUGUGUGUGUGUGUGUGUGUGUGUGUGUGUCGGUCUGCGGCGAGCGUACGGAGAGGAGAGGAGAGCAUGCUAGUGGACUAGUGUGGAUCUGGAAGGGUGCUUGAUCUGCGCCCUGCAUUGCAUGAUGGGACGGCUGGAACUGUUAGAGGAACUGUUAGAGGAACUGUUAGAGUGUGUGUGGAGGAAGAGCAGCGUGUGUAUCAGGAGGAGAAUCAGGAAGUCCACUGGUGUUUAUGUCUGAAGGACAUUUGGGACGUGUGACCUGCAGAACUUCCUGUUCAUGAUGGAUUUAACUCGAUUACAUUUUAUUUUUUGCUGUUUUUUUUAACUUUCUUUGAUGAACUCUGUAAAGAUGGCGGCGUGUAAAAGCAAAUUUUCAUAAUUAAAAAAAAAAAAAAAAAUCUUUUCUUCUCACUUCAAAUGGAGUGAUUACAUUUCUUCUUCUUCUGCUACAUAACCAGCUAUUCAGGAGGAUUGCUUUCUUCAGUGUUAGCCAGCUAGCGUUAGCCAGGGAUAAACACACACAGCUAAUACUGUUGUGAUGCUGAUGAUCUCCUGCUUAUUCAUGCUAAAGUAACAUGCUAAUUUAUAACAUUUAAGAGAUUAGCAAGCUAACAAGCAAGACAAACAAAGUAAAAGUUGAACGUGAUGCUAAUCACGGGUGUGACGGUACAGCAUAAUAAUAAAAUCUGACAUGAUAAUA